AUGACUUCGAAAUCGCCUCCACCAGUAAAUAAACAGAAACAUCCAAUCUCCUCCGAACAAAUCCAAUUUUCAAUAUGGGAUACAUUCAAACAUCAUAUUCCUCGCUUCUUGCUCACCAUGCUUGUUGAUGUCAUUCUACCAGUUGUUAUUUAUUUUAGCCUGCAAAAAUUGAUAAAACCUGUCUAUGCUUUAUUAGUUGCUGGUGCUCCGCCACUACUCAUGGUGAUGAUCAAAGGUAUUUACGCACGAACGUUCGACGCUCUAGGUUUUCUGGUUUUUAUUGCUUUUCUCAUAUCGGCUGUUGUUGCUGUGAUCACACGUAAUCCAAUUGUACUUCUCCUGGAAAAAUCAGUGGUGACAGGCAUUUUAUCGAUUAUAUUCGGUUUAACCUUGAUACCGUUGCGAUGUUUUCGGCAUCGGUUUUAUAUCCGUCCACUUGCUUAUUACUUUUAUCAAGACUUAAUACCAACGAAACGAACUGAAGUUGACUUGCCGAAUAGUUUAUUCGAAAACGAACAUGAAACAUUCGAUGAAUGUGUCGAUGGAGAACUGACAAUCGCAGACUUAACACCCAAACAAGAAGUCGCUCAAGUCUACUCUUGGAUCUAUUCUCAUUGUUCGUCGUUUCGUUCAGCGUGCUAUCUGAUAACAAGCAUCUGGUCAAUCGGGUUCCUACUAGAAUUCCUUGGACGAUUGAUGUUAAUUUUAAUGCGUUUGAAACUGGAUAAAAUCGUUAUUUACGGGCAUGUGAUCUUAACUUCUGUAACAAUUAUAUGUAUUACAUUAACAAUUGUUUGUAUAGCAAAAGAAAGAAAGAUAACACUAAGAUUUAUUCGACAAUGGAAAAAGACUAAUUUGGAAAUUUAA